CUUAGCCAUUGCAAUCUCCGCCAACCAACAGAACUCUCAACCUGAGCGACCACCAGCCACCUGAUCGCCCUCCUCCUCCCUCCUUUCCCCGGCCCGCUCGCCCCCAAUGUCUGACUCUGACUCUCGGACUGAGAAGCGCAAGAAAAAAAGACCAAAUGGCAAAGCAACCGUCAGAUCUAAAUUCUGAGUGUGACAGAGAAGGUGGACAAUUGCAGCCUACAGAAAGGCCUACUCAGCCUCAGCAACUCAGACAAGGGGCCCCUACCUCUAUACAAACACAGUAUCAAGACAGGAGUCCAGCGCCUAUGAGUUGUGAUAAAUCUACACAAACUCCAAGCCCUCCUUGUCAAGCCUUCAAUCAUUAUCUAAGUGCAAUGGCUUCCAUGAGGCAGUCUCAAUCAAUACCUGCAGAUAUGCGGCCAGAAAUUUGGAUUGCGCAAGAAUUGCGCCGUAUUGGAGAUGAAUUUAAUGCUUCCUAUUAUCCAAGAAGGGGAUUUUUGGAUAAUAACUAUCAAGGAGCGGGUGACCAUCACCAAAUGGUUAUUUUACGCCUGUUACGUUACAUCAUCCGCCUUGUUUGGAGAAUGCAGUGACAAUUAUUUGAGAAGCAAGGAGUGCACAGAUUUUUUUACUUGCUACAAAUCAUCAAGUA